CCCAGAAUAUUCGUUUAUCAGUAGGGCACGACCCCCAGUGCGUCUCGGUCCAAAAUAAUAAAAUGAGAUAGGGGGAUUUUAAUUCAGUCGACGAUUCUUUUCAAAUCUGCGGUAAUUUCCAUUUAAUGGCCAUUCUCUGUCUCCUGUCUUUAUUAUUGCGAAUAAUACCCCCUUUUGAUUCCGAUAGAGUUUUCGCGUCAUUUUCUUGUUGCGGCUUCAUCUUCUCCCUCCUAUUCUCCACUAGAAGUCUCCACCAAUCAUCAGCGUUUAUCAUUUUCCCCUUCCUUUGCGUACACCGCGCACCAAAACCAAAGACCAAAAGAGGGCCUUUUUGGAGAUAAAGCUGACUUUUUGAAAUAAACCAUUUUGCGGUUUGUUCCCUCCAAUGGGUCAUGAGUACGAUAUAGAAGAGCUCUUCACGUGGAAGUGGGACGAUGUUCAUCACGUCUACGUCAUUACAGUAUGGCUUCUCAUUGCCUCACUAGCUAAAAUUUUAUUCAACCUUAUGAAGCCUAUAUCCAAAUGGUGUCCUGACUCUUCUUUACUCAUUAUUGUCGGUUUGGCACUUGGAUGGAUCCUUCAUCAGACAUCAUUGAGUGGAGCUACUUUAGACUCUCAUACAUUCUUCCUCUAUUUACUCCCACCUAUCAUUUUUGACGCGGGUUACUUCAUGCCUAAUAGAGCUUUAUUCGAAAACUUUGACUCUGUUCUAGUGUUCUCAGUUUUUGGAACAAUUUGGAAUACAUUUGCCAUUGGUGGUUCACUUCUUCUUAUGGCUCAAUAUGAUCUCUUUACAAUGUCUUUCACUACUUUUGAGAUUCUCGUUUUUUCUGCGCUCAUCUCCGCAGUCGAUCCAGUUGCAGUAAUUGCAGUUUUCGAAGAGAUUCAUGUUAACGAAUUUCUGUUCAUUAAUGUAUUCGGAGAAGCACUUUUCAAUGAUGGUGUCACUGUUGUUCUGUAUCAAAUGUUCAAAAGUUUUGCACUGAUUGGAUCCGAGAACCUGUCAGUUUUGGAUUAUGCAACUGGUGGACUUUCAUUCUUUGUGGUUGCUCUAGGAGGAGCCGCAGUUGGAAUCAUUUUUGCAAUUGCUGCCAGUCUGACCACGAAAUAUACUUAUGACGUGAGAAUUCUUGCUCCGGUCUUUAUUUUUGUGUUACCUUACAUGGCCUACCUUACAGCUGAAAUGGUUUCACUUUCCUCCAUCAUAGCAAUCGCAAUUUGUGGAAUGCUCAUGAAACAAUACAUUAAAGGAAAUGUUACUCAAGCAGCUGCCAAUUCUGUAAAAUAUUUCACAAAAAUGCUUGCUCAAUCUUCUGAAACUGUCAUCUUCAUGUUCCUCGGGCUCUCCACAAUUUCUUCUCAACAUCACUUUGACCUCUAUUUCAUUUGCGCAACACUAUUCUUCUGUCUCAUUUAUAGAGCCAUUGGAAUUGUUGUUCAAUGUUAUAUUUUGAACCGAUUCCGUGCCAAAAAGUUCGAAAUGGUUGAUCAAUUCAUCAUGUCAUAUGGAGGUCUUCGUGGAGCCAUUGCCUAUGGUCUUGUCGUCUCAAUUCCAGCUUCAAUUACUGCUAAACCAAUGUUUAUCACUGCGACAAUUGCAGUGAUCUACUUCACUGUAUUCCUUCAAGGAAUCACAAUUCGACCAUUGGUCAACUUUUUGAAGAUUAAGAAGAAGGAGGAAAGAGAUCCAACGAUGGUUGAAAGUGUUUACAAUAAAUAUUUGGAUUACAUGAUGUCUGGAGUGGAAGAUAUUGCUGGACAGAAGGGGCAUUACACUUUCAUUGAGAAUUUCGAGAGAUUCAAUGCAAAAGUAAUAAAACCAGUAUUGAUGAGACACCAGAAAAGAGAAAGUUUCGAUGCUUCAUCGAUUGUUCGUGCUUACGAGAAAAUCACAUUGGAAGAUGCCAUCAAACUUGCCAAAGUCAAGAAUAAUAUUCAAAAUAAGCGUCUCGAACGAAUUAAGAGCAAAGGUAGAGUUGCACCAAUUCUUCCCGAUAAAAUAUCCAAUCAAAAGACGAUGACACCGAAGGAUCUUCAAUUGAAGAGGUUUAUGGAAUCUGGUGAAAACAUUGAUUCUCUGUACACGCUCUUCAGUGAUCUGCUUGAUAGAAAGUUACACGAAAUGAAUAGACCAUCAGUUCAAAUUACGGACGUUGAUGGACAGGAUGAUAUUCAAGACGAUUACAUGGCUGAAGUGGGAUCACGAUCGAACCUCUCAGCAAUGUUCCGAAGUACGGAACAACUGCCAUCAGAAACGCCAUUUCAUAGUGGUAGAAGACAAUCGACAGGAGAUUUAAAUGCAACACGAAGAGCUGAUUUCAAUGUUUGACAUUCAAUUGAAACCUCUUCGAUAUGUUUUUGUAGUAAUUCUCGCCAUAACGAAAAAAAACUGUAAUAAUAAUAAAUUUAUCGCUUUU